AUGACUCCUUCGCAAUAUGGGGGAGCUUCACCCAUUCUCGACCCAGAUUUGACCGCACAUUUCAGUCAUGCUGAAACUCCAGACCCCAUUUACAAACGCCUCGAAACAUACUUCACACCUCGGAUUACUUACCCUAAGGACUGGCAGAUCUUAGCAUCCCAGCCGAUAGACAGCACUCUCAAACUAGAAGCCGAUGCCUGCGACCCAAUUACUGCCCGUUUGAUUGACAAGGAGGAUGUGGACCUGUACUGGAGUCUCUUCUUCCAAAUACGCAACUCUUUCGUCGGCCUUCUAGACCCUUUACUCCACACCUCCGAAUACGUCUACUCAAUUUCGUUUACGCUGUUCUCAGUUGUUUGCGCGAUGGGAUGCGGCAUCUCAGGUCGAGCAAGAGACCGGAUUCUAUACCCGACAUUGCUAUCGAUCGCGGAGGCCAACGUAAGAUGGUCCAUAGCCAUGCCCGUCAGAUCAGUGGAGCUGAUUCAAGCCAUCAUCAACUUGAAAUACUGGGCACCUCUUUGCGAAAGACAUGCGGAUGAUCCUUACUGGCUUCAAGUCAGCUAUAUCGCACCAUUGGCAAGAGAGAUAGGCAUCAACUCCCCUGAUGCCGUUGUAAAGCUGGUGAACGCAGCCCAGCCAAACGCGACCAGUGAGUGGAAGGAACGUCUCAUGCGAAACUUUGAGAGAACUUGGAUCUAUGUUUUUCUUGCUGAAAAAUCGUUUGGGAUCACCACUGGCCGUUAUCUCAGUGUUUCGUGGAGCGAGUUGCCCCAAUCCGUACCUGAUUGGUGGCGGAAACCGAUGACAAGUCCCACCGAUCGUAUGAUUUGCGGUAUCAUAGAGAUCAGAGGAAAGCUUUUGACAGCUUUAGGAAAACAUUCGCUCGUAGAUAGAAGCCUUUCAGCCCUGUUGGGCUGGCACUCGGAAGCGUUCGGGAUCCUUGAGACUACUCGGGAUCUCCGAUGUACCCCAGACGGCUCACCUUCGUCACAGUAUCUUCCGAUUCUCGAUUUCUACAUGGGUCAUUCACUGUUGGUGCUCAGCGCAACUGCGUUGAAGGACAUGAGAUCCCUUGACAAAACCGAAGCAUCGACAGAGAUUUCAAUUGUCACUGAACGAACGUUCAAGGUUGCUUUGCGCGCGCUCAAUGUCAUUCUCUACGAUGCAAUUCUGCAUGAGAUGAUUCUCGGAAUCCAGAACAACAUGUAUAUCAUGAUUGCUCACGCCAUUACCGAGAUAAUUCAGGCCAUCAAGCGCGGAUGCAUCGCAUCCUCCGACGCAAUUGAAGCUGCGACCAAAGUUCAGGCGACUUCGAGACGACUGGAGAAGCUAGGCCAACAACUGCCUUCGUCGUCCCCGAUCCAUCUAUAUAAAGGCCUCGCCCGUGUUUUCGCAACAGAUCUGAGGAGGACUAUGAAGUCCAAAGAAAAUGAUUUUGCCCAAGACGGGGAAGAAAACACGGAUGAGCCUCCAGAUUGGCUUAGAGCAUUCGAUGGAGGAUCGUUGGACUCUGCCGCAUGGCUGGACAUGGGCUUUCUGAGCUCUGGGCAACCUCUUUCCGAUCCUACUCAAUUCGCAGGCGCCGAAAGUCUCAAUGGACUGUUAUUUCCCUAG